GACGUCAUGUGAAGCGGACCGGAGGAGAAGUUUGUUUCUUCUUCGAAAAACUUCAGACACCAUACUGUAGAUGUGGGGAACAAAGAAAUCAAAGAGCAAAUCGGAUCGGGUGAUUCAUCGUUUUUCGAUGUCUUUGACGACUCUUGUAUUGUAGUAGAAUUAUUUUUCAAAUCAUURGUUGUAAUUUCUUUAUUAUUUUAGUAUCAGUACGGUUGAAAACCCCGACCAUAGAGAGAGUUCUGGAUUUAAGUUCCGCUCACGGCUGUAUUCUCGUUCAGCAGGCCAACGCCGCCACUCCUGGCUGUUUCGUCGUUAUUUUUUUUUCUUUUUUCGGAAAGUAAAAUAAUGCACACGUUCAGUUCUCGUUCGCGUGUCUCGCGUCCUCGUCCAAGCGGACUCGCAUGAACCGUGGCGAGGCAUCGACGAGGGGUCKGGGGCUCCGCCAACGGAGCGGGACUUCAUGAUGGGGAUGCCCAGAGGAGGACGUCUGUUCCUGGCGACGUGCCUCUGCUCGCUCUUCGUCCUUGUGCUUUACUUCCAGAGCAUCACCAAACCAGAACCACCUUUGAAGUCUGGCAGCAGACCAGCAAAAAGCAGGAGAAGCCCACUACAGACCCUCUACAAAGGAGACCAGCAGGUUCAGUUGUCGGCGGCUCAGAAGUCCCUCCAAGGCCGCAGGGAGCUGUUGGAGCAGGCGUGUCUGAGCCACACGAGGAAGCGCCGGGUGCUUUCACCAGAGGAUCUGAAACACCUCAUUGUGGAUGACAAACACAGCCUUAUUUACUGCUAUGUACCAAAGGUAGCCUGCACCAACUGGAAGCGUGUGCUCAUGGUCCUGACCAGCGACGGCCGCUACACCGACCCCCUCGCCAUCCCGGCCAACGAGGCUCACGUCGCAGGUAACCUCCGCACGCUCUCCGAGUUCUCCGUGGCGGAGAUCAACCAGCGCCUUCGCAGCUACCUCAAGUUCAUCUUCGUGCGCGAGCCCUUCGAGCGCAUCGUGUCGGCCUACAGGAACAAGUUCACGCGGAGCUACAACACGGCCUUCCACAAACGCUACGGAACGAAGAUCAUCCAACGGUACCGGACCGACCCCGAGCCCGACGCCCUGGAGAAAGGAAACGACGUCACUUUCCGCGAGUUCGUUCAGUACCUCGUGGACCCUCGGACCCAGCGGGAGGAGCCUUUCAACGAGCACUGGGAGCGGGUGCACUCCCUGUGCCACCCCUGCCUCAUCCACUAUGAUGUGGUGGGCAAGUACGAAACUCUGGAACCUGACGCUCAGGCGGUCCUCAGAUUAGCCAGCGUGGAAGGAACAGUUCAGUUUCCAACAUCUGGCAAAAGCACCAGGACCGAUGGCAACAUGGCAGCACGCUUCUUCAAACACAUCAGUCCUUUUUAUCAGAAGAAACUGUUCAACUUGUAUCGGAUGGACUUUAUGCUCUUCAAUUACUCCACACCAGACUAUCUGAGGACCCGGUGACAACGUGAGAUACGAGGACUAAACCUUUCUUUCUUUUGAACAGACGUAAUUUUGCACUUUUUUCCCCCCCAUUUUCAAUAUUUCUGCAGUUCCAAAGAAAACACCUUGUUGUGGAGAGUUGCUUCGUUUUCUGGUUUCAGUGGUGGGAACCCAAACAAUCUGCCUGAAGAAUUAAAAAACAAUGGAGAGCGUUUGAUUCUACCCAUCAAACAUCAGCACAAGUCUUCUUUUUUUCUAUUUCAAUGAACUUUAUUCACGCAUCCUUUCUGUAUUUAUUUAGAUUUUUCACUAAGAUAAAUGCUUCUUACAACUGAGCAAAUUUAGCUUUUUUUUUUUGUUCUUGUUGAACUAAAAAAAAAAAAAGCUGGUGAAAAGUGCCUCUUAUUGCAUUUCUUUUGCAUAAGAAUUAAUGAGCCAUGAAUGAAAGUGAGUCCUGAGAGGAGCGGGUUCUCUUCUUGCAGGUGAUUGUGCUGACUGUGAAACUGAACACAGACGAUUGUUUCAGAGCCUUUUAUUUAUGUCUGUCAGCAACAGAGAGUAUUUAUUGUUACACAAAGGGAGGCUGUUGUAAAUAAGUGAAAAAUAAUUUAUAAAGGACAGAAGGUUGUUCCCCCUUUUUUAUUUUCAAUUUUGUGGCAAGUUUUUCUUGCUGUCGUGAAUUUAUCCCCUCGAAUUGAUGAAUCGCCCGAUUUAAACUCAUCCCACUGUUGAAAAGAAAGCCAACCCAGGACUCGUCGUGGAUGAAACUAUCUGAAACUCACAA